GUGCGGGGUUUCUGUCCCGGCGGGGCGGCAGCGCCGUGCCCCGGAGCGGGGAGCGCUCGGACAGCCGCCGUGUGUCGUGUUCAGGGCGGCAGCCGGCAUGGCGGCGCCGAAUAUGGAGGAGAGGAAGGCGUGCUGGGGGGCCCGGGACGAGUUCUGGCAGUGCCUGGACAGCCACGGGGAUGACGCCGCCAAGUGCGAGAGGCUGCGCCGCGCCUUCGAGUCGCGCUGCCCGCAGCAGUGGGUUAAACACUUUGACAAAAGAAGAGACUUUUUAAAAUACAAAAAGAAGCUUGAAACAGAAGGCUAUCAUCCUCCAGAAGCUGCUGGAAAGUCUUAGGAACUCUGCUCUCAAAAUAAAUCAAGUGAGAGUAACUACAGAAAGAAGAAGCCAGAGAAAGCAACAAAAGCUGCUUGAGUGCAAGAAGUGGUAAUGUAGCAGUCUCCCUGAAAUGCAGACUGCUCUUCUUGUUGCCAGGUCUCAUGUGUCUGCUCAAAAAAAGGGUCAUUGACAGCAUUCUGAUGAGUUUUUAUGUCAAAGAAAUACGGUGCAGGGCUGUUCACAAAUUUAAGGGUUUGAAUGUAUAAUUAGUAAAAUCAUUUCACAGGAAUAAAUGAUUAUUUAAUAUUGCAAUGUACAUAUUCUAAAGAGAAAAUGAAAUUCUUUUUCAUUAAGUGAACCAGCUUUUUCCUAAAAUAAAGUCCAUUCCAACUUGC